AGCAGAAGACAUGUUUAUAACUGUGCUUCAUGGAGAAAACAAGGCAGACAUUUUUAACAUUCACUGUAAAGUCCGGCUUCUCUUGGAUGGCAUCAAGAGCCGCUGUGGCUGUGAGGAGAAAGGGGAAGUAGAGUUAGCGGACGAGACCGGCCAGAUAAAGAAUUUGCUCCUGAAUCAGCAUCGUUGCGCAGCUGAGCUCCUGAGCGAACGAGAGACCUACGUGCUCCUUAGCGUAGCAAGGGGUGAAACCUCUUCAGGGGUAGAAUUUACUCCUUUGUUGCAAGAUGACAGUGUUGUUAACCAUAAAUUCCUAGCUAAACUGGGGAGCUGGCAAGACCCAAAGGCCCCCUCGCCCAAAGUGAAAUCCAGAAAGACCCAUCAUAAGAAAUCAGCCUUGGAUGUUCCAGCGGUGGACGGCUUACGGAAUCAUUCGCCCCACGGCGGCAGGACUAGGACGCCCAUUUCCUCCCCCAGACAAAGCCGGAAAUUCUAAUGACUGCUGGAUCCCGAGAUAUAACCAGAGUGAAAGCCCUGGGAAACAUCUUUUGGGCUA